CUUUCCCUAAACGAGGCACUAAAGCGCAACGCACGCGAGAACGAGUUGAAAGGGAAACGCGUCUGUGGAUGGAUUGGGGGAGCCGAGGCCAACUGGAUUAAUCCCCGGACAGCUGUGUAAAUAGUGGGCAACUCUGACCACACGGAUCGCUGCCUUAUCGACAACUCAGCCAUUGAUAACAUGGACGAUGAGCCCACAGCCUCACUGAAUGGCCACAACUCCUCACGGCGAGGAUCCGAAAGAUCGCUUGCGAAUUCAACUGCGGACCCCCCUUCAAGCUCUCCAACCAGUCAAUGGGAGCGCAGACCGUUGUCUGCUCCGGAGGCAAACAAGGCCGCCCAGAUCCUGGGAGCUUGCGAACUUGGAGAUGUUGAAGCCUUAAGCAAUCUUGCUACGUCUGAAUAUGGUCUAGUGGAGGACAAUCUUCGUCGAGCAGCAUGGCCAAUUUUACUUGGCUGCAAGCAGUCAAACAAGACAACAGAUAAAUAUAAUGCAGAAAUAUGGAAGGACCUUCCAAGGCAUCGCGAUGAAGAUCAAGUCUCCCUAGACGUCAACCGAUCUUUUGUUUACUACCCAAAAGAUCAGUCCCCAAAGCAAAUUGAUCGUCGAAAAGAAGAGCUGCAAGACCUGAUCACUGCCGUUUUGCGUCUACAUCCUGAAUUAAGCUACUUUCAGGGAUACCAUGAUAUUGUGCAAGUGUUACUCUUGGUUCUUGGUCCAGAGACUUCUGCUGUAGCUCGGCUGUCUCUGCUCCGGAUUCGCGAUUUCAUGCUCCCUUCGCUCACCCCGGCACUGGCGCAUUUGAAUUUGCUACCACCCCUAUUGUAUGCCGCCGACUCGAAGCUUUGCCGUCACUUAUCCCAAACACAGCCUUUCUUUGCCCUCGCCGCAACACUUACUCUUUACGCUCACGACAUCCAAGAAUAUGGAGAUAUUGCCCGCCUGUUUGACUUCUUGAUUGCCCAGGAGGCAGCCAUGUCUGUAUAUUUCUUUGCAGUUAUUGUGCUCUCAAGAAAAGAAGAGCUUUUUGAUAUACCCCCAGACGAACCAGAAAUGCUUCAUUCCAUUCUUUCCAAAUUACCAAAACCUUUAGAGUUGGAGGGUCUGAUCAGCAAAACAAUGCAAUUAUACGAUAUUCAUCCGCCCUCCCGCUUACCUUUUGGUGCUUGGCGAAGAAUAUCACGUUAUAGCGUACUGAAAACAACGAGGACCCCCGUCGAGGUAGCCAAGCAAUCCCUAAAGGAAGGAGAGGACCUCUUCCAACGUCAAGUCACUCAACUACGUCGGGAGAAGCUUCGCCAAGAUUUGUUUGGUUUGAUGCACAAGUAUAAACGACCAGCAGGAAUGGCGGGUCUUGCCAUCUCCAUCGCGAUAAUUUCUUGGCUGCUUCGACGACAAAACAUUCUAGGCUCCUAUGCAGGGCUGGACAAGUUGCCUCGCCUUGUUCUGAGCUUGGUACAACGGACGCUUGGUCUCUUCAGAUGACUCGCAAGUAGAUGAGACAUGGGAUUUUUGUUUUGAUAAGCGUUUUGAUACUUGCAACUCCCUAUACCUAGGUAAGGUAUAAGGGUUGGAGAGGAGAUUGACAUCACAUGUAUACUAUACCAUAGAUGGCUUCAAAAAAUUAUUUAGAUAGGCAUAGAUAAUCCCACACGGCGGAGUUUUCAACCGCUUGCACUUUGAAAUAAAAUUAAAUGCGAC